ACAGUAGGCGGAGCGUUUACAGGCGCGUUCCUUGAAGUGUUUCACGUUAUGGAUCGUAAGACAGUCAUCAAAAGCAAACUACAAGGAAUAGAGAGCUAUAACCCUGAACACAUAACAGCACUUGAAGAACAUCUUUCAUGGCAGAUCAUAAAUAAUGAUUAUGAUUUCGAAGCUAAUUUAGCUCUGCUUAGAUUAUAUCAGUUCUAUCCGGAACGUUUCAAUGCUGAGUGUGCGAGGUUAGUGCUGCUGAAGGCAAUUAUAAGCAUGAGUCACUCAGAUUUUACAUUGUGCAAGUACUUGAUUCACCUAGAACAUCUCAGUGAAGAGCCACUUUCACAGGUUGUGGAACUUGGGUUUCUCCUGGAGACCUGUCGGUUUUCUGAGUUUUGGACGAAAGUUAAAGAAAACCCCAAAGUUUUUUCUGCUAUCCCUGGAUUCCGUGAAUCUGUAUGUAGAUUUAUUGUCCAAAUUAUAUCUCAAACAUAUCAACGUAUAUCAAAAACCUUAUUAAUGAGCUUUUUGGAUAUGUCAGAGAAUGAUUUAAAACAAUUUAUUAAACAAUUUGAAUGGUCCGAAAUCACUGAUCAUCAUCAUCAACUUAUCUUAAUUAAUAAUCAUGAAGAGAAUAUUAAAUCAAUACAAAUACGUGAACGUGUCAAUUUCGAUUCGAUCACAUCAAUGUCCGGUGCAUUUAGACCAUCAAAAAGUGAUUUUUUCAUUAAAACUAACAUACAAUCAUAAUUAUCAUAUCAAUCAAUCAAUCAAUGAUUUAUUUCAUUAAAAAAAAAGAAAAAAGAAGCAAAGAAUAUUCCAUUUUUAAAUCAUUGAAAUAGAAAAAAACAUUUCUUUGUGUAAUCAUUUUUCUUUUUAUUAUUAUUAUUAUACAUUUUGCCCAACAAUUGAUUUGUGUGUGUGUGACAACAAAAUAAUCAUGAUAUUUAUUGAUGAAUAAUCAGUAAGUCAGUUAGCAACAACAUAGAACUUUGUAUCUACGUACGUAUGUACAUCCAGUUCAAGUUGCCAUAGCAUAAAAGUCAAAUAAUCUAUAAUAAGAGAUAAGAGAUUAUAAAGUAAAUUAACGGAAAUGAUAACUAUUCAAUUGUUACACAUAUGUGCUUAUAUAUUAAAAAAAAAUCUUAUUUGUACAAGCAAAAACUGAAAAUGAAUGAAGACAGAGAGAAAGAGAAUGUUUUAAAAACUGAGAUCAUUCUAUUGUGGAUAAAUUAAGAAAUGGUGUUUGAAACAUAUGCUUAGAUACUUGUUGUGAGGUAGAUGGAAAUAGAGUAAGUAAUGGAAGAAGCCAUUGGAAUGAUUUAUUUAAUAAAUAAUCAUUUGAUGGAGUGGUAGGAGUAGUUGUAGUAGUAUUAGUAGUAGUAGGAGGAAUGUUAGUUGUUGUUGUUGUUGUUAUGUUAGAUGACAAGUCAUAUUUAUUUCGAUUUAUUUUUGAAAUAGUGCCAAAUUUUUGUUUAAUUAUUUGACUGAAUCGAUGCACCGUUUUAGUAGUCCAUGACCAAGAAGGCAGCAGAUCACGAUGUGUAUUAUUUGUAAUCUAUUAUAAUAUGAAAUAGACAAUACAGAAUAGAGAAGAGC